AUGACUCCAACUAAAUCCCUCAACACUCGUAAAGCUCAACUUGUUUCCUCUGGCCUUGGGCAACACUUCAUAAGCCCAAGGAAAGCCAGGGAUAGGAGGAAAACUCAAACACUUGUUGAGUUGCCUGGCGCACAACUCAAAUGUCGUCGUUUACUUGCUCAAAUGCAACGACUCUUGGAUCAUGCACCCUCCCAAACAGGGUCUUCUCCUUGUACCGUGUUAGGAGGUCAUGCCGGUGAAGUCAACAAGAUGAACAUUCUGGACGACUUGGAUUUCACAGGCGCUGAAGUUGAAACAUCAGGGGAGUCAUUUUCUGAUAGGCCUGCAACCUUGGGGAGCAAUUCACACAAGCGACGUGUUCUCCCCGAUAACCCGACGAAUAUAUUAUACACUAACUGGCGAAAGCUCAUACCUACCCUUGUGGACCCGCAUUUGAAGUAUUAUGCCCGAACUAUUGGUCAAGGCUUGGACAAGCCUCACAAAGUGAUCUCAGCAUGUGCAACUCUCUCCUGCGCACAGAAAAAGACUGAUUUAUUGUGUCUAUUCUUUGACAGAUUUGAAUUGAUCGAAGUACUGAGCUGUGAAUGCUCCAGCCUUCCGCAGGUCCUCCUUCAUCAUGGGCUGUUCCCUACUGCACCUUUACAACCUCGUAUGGCAGUAUCUGUUGAUCUACUCUCCUUUUAUCGCGCACUUUUCGAGCGCUCUUGUGAUGCAAUCAAUGCUCUCGCAUCGGCUCUCAAAACGCACUAUUCAUGCAGAGGUUUUCAAGUUACUGACUCGCAGGUAAGACAUAUCCAUAUGAGAUAUCACAUCACUGAACUAGCCCCAAGGGUGAAAUCGUGCAGGACCCAUUUCAUCGUGGUCUAG